GGAAAACGCACUUGUAACGCGGGUAUGCUCGAGACGAAGGAUCUCAGAUCUCAAUCUCAAUCUCAAUCUCAAUCUCAAUCUCAACAAAACCCUCUUCUUCUUCUUCUUCUUCUUCUUCUUCUUCAUCUCUGAUCUCAAUCCUCUCUCAUCUUCCCUCAAACCCUAAUCGCAUCACUGCAUCACUCUCGAUCCCCAUUUCUCGAUCCAAUCGCAGUUGAUUAGCAUCAUCAGCAUCAACAAUCGAAGAAGAUGCUGACCAAGUUCGAAACCAAGAGUAACCGAGUAAAGGGUCUCAGCUUCCACCCCAAACGCCCAUGGAUCCUCGCCAGUCUCCACAGCGGCGUCAUCCAGCUUUGGGAUUACCGCAUGGGAACCCUAAUCGACAAAUUCGACGAGCACGACGGCCCCGUCAGAGGCGUCCAUUUUCAUCACUCUCAACCCCUCUUCGUCUCCGGCGGUGAUGAUUACAAGAUCAAGGUUUGGAACUACAAGCUGCAUCGCUGUUUGUUUACGCUUCUGGGUCAUCUUGAUUACAUCCGCACUGUGCAGUUUCACCAUGAGAGUCCCUGGAUUGUGAGUGCUAGUGAUGAUCAGACCAUUCGCAUCUGGAACUGGCAGUCACGGACCUGCAUUUCGGUUCUUACUGGGCACAAUCAUUAUGUUAUGUGUGCGCUGUUUCAUCCUAGGGAGGAUCUCGUUGUGUCGGCGUCGCUGGAUCAGACGGUUCGUGUUUGGGAUAUUGGGUCUCUCAAGAGGAAGAAUGCUUCCCCUGCUGAUGAUAUAUUGCGGUUGAGUCAGAUGAAUACUGACCUAUUUGGUGGGGUUGAUGCUGUUGUUAAGUAUGUUUUGGAAGGGCAUGACCGCGGAGUUAAUUGGGCUUCGUUUCAUCCCGCGCUGCCUCUUAUUGUCUCGGCUGCAGAUGACCGGCAAGUGAAGCUUUGGAGGAUGAACGACACGAAGGCAUGGGAAGUGGACACCUUGAGGGGGCACAUGAAUAAUGUUUCCUGUGUUAUGUUCCAUGCCAAGCAGGAUAUCAUAGUGUCUAAUUCUGAGGAUAAGAGUAUUCGCAUAUGGGAUGCGACAAAGCGAACUGGAGUCCAAACAUUCCGCCGGGAGCAUGACAGGUUUUGGAUUCUUGCUGCUCAUCCUGAGAUGAAUCUGCUUGCAGCUGGUCAUGACAGUGGCAUGAUUGUUUUUAAGCUGGAGCGAGAAAGGCCUGCUUUUGUGGUUAGCGGUGAUUCUUUGUUCUACACAAAAGAUCGGUUCUUGUGUUUCUAUGAAUUUUCAACACAGAGAGAUGUGCAAGUACUUCCAUUCCGACGACCUGGCUCUUUAAGCUUGAAUCAGAGCCCAAAGACUCUUUCCUAUAGCCCAUCUGAAAAUGCAUUUCUUCUGUGUUCAGAUGUGGAUGGUGGAUCCUAUGAAUUAUAUUGCAUAUCAAAGGAUGGUUAUGGUAGAGGAGGUGAUGUGCAAGAUGCAAAAAAAGGCCAUGGAGGAUCAGCAGUCUUUGUGGCUCGUAAUCGAUUUGCUGUGCUUGAGAAAAGCAACAAUCAAGUCCUGAUAAAAAAUUUAAAAAAUGAGAUUGUUAAAAAGAGUGUCCUUCCGAUUGCCACCGAUGCCAUAUUCUAUGCAGGAACAGGCAACUUGCUAUGUAGGUCAGAGGACAGGGUUGUUAUAUUUGAUCUUCAGCAGAGGAUUCUUCUUGGUGAUCUUCAGACCCCUUUUAUCAAAUAUGUCGUGUGGUCUAAUGACAUGGAAAAUGUUGCUUUGCUCAGCAAACAUGCCAUUAUAAUUGCUAGCAAGAAGCUUGUGCACCAAUGCACUCUCCACGAGACAAUCCGUGUAAAGAGUGGAGCAUGGGAUGACAAUGGUGUUUUCAUUUACACAACACUAAAUCACAUCAAAUACUGUCUUCCUAAUGGAGAUAAUGGCAUAAUAAAAACUCUGGACAUUCCAAUUUAUAUCACAAAGGUUUCUGGAAACACAAUCUUCUGCUUGGAUCGGGAUGGAAAGAGCAGAACAAUAAUUAUUGACGCAACUGAAUAUAUUUUCAAGCUUUCCCUCUUGAAGAAAAGAUAUGACCAUGUUAUGAACAUGAUAAGGAACUCACAGCUUUGCGGGCAGGCUAUGAUUGCUUAUCUACAACAGAAGGGAUUUCCUGAGGUUGCCCUGCAUUUUGUGAAAGAUGAGAGAAUUCGGUUCAAUUUGGCUUUAGAGAGUGGCAACAUCCAAAUUGCAGUUGCAUCUGCUACAGCAAUUGAUGAGAAAGAUCACUGGUAUCGAUUAGGGGUUGAGGCUCUUCGCCAAGGCAAUGCUGGUAUAGUAGAGUAUGCAUACCAGAGAACCAAAAAUUUUGAGAGAUUGUCUUUCCUUUAUCUCAUAACUGGUAACAAGGAGAAACUAUCAAAAAUGUUGAAAAUUGCUGAAGUCAAGAAUGAUGUGAUGGGCCAGUUUCACAAUGCCUUAUAUAUGGGUGAUAUUCGAGAACGUGUGAAGAUCUUGGAGAAUGUGGGCCAUUUGCCUCUUGCUUACAUCACUGCAUCAGUCCAUGGGCUACAUGAUGUUGCAGAACGGCUUGCAGCUGAACUGGGAGAUAAUGUUCCCUCUUUGCCAGAGGGAAAAGUACCGUCUCUUUUGAUACCCCCAUCACCCGUCAUUUCUGGAAGUGAUUGGCCCCUUCUCAGGGUCAUGCGGGGCAUGUUUGAUGGUGCGUUUGACAAUAUUGGUCGGGGUGUUGCUGAUGAAGAAGAGUAUGAGGCUGUUGAUGGUGAUUGGGGUGAGGAGCUUGACAUAGUUGAUGCAGAUGGCUUACAAAAUGGAGAAUUGGAGGAUGGAGAAGUGGCUGAAGAAAAUGAUGAAGAGGGUGGAUGGGAGUUGGAGGAUUUAGGGCUGGGCCCUGAAGUUGACACCCCAAAAGCUUCCAGCGCUACACAAUCUUCAGUUUUUGUGGCCCCAACACCUGGCAUGCCGGUAAGCAAUAUAUGGAUUCAGAAAUCAUCUCUUGCAGCUGAUCAUGCAGCUGCAGGAAAUUUUGAUACUGCAAUGAGGUUACUGAACCGGCAGCUUGGGAUAAGAAAUUUUGCCCCCUUGAAAUCCAUGUUUCUCGAUCUUCAUACUGGGAGCCAUUCCUAUCUGCGUGCAUUUUCGUCUGCUCCAGUCAUACCACUUGCAAUUGAAAGAGAUUGGACCGAGUCAUCUAGUCCAAAUGUAAGAGGCUCACCAGUACUUCCUUUCAAGUUGUCCCAAUUGGAUGAAAAACUUAAAGCUGGUUAUAGGUUCUUUACUGCUGGAAAAUUCACAGAGGCUCUUCGGACAUUUGUUAAUAUCCUUCAUACAAUUCCUUUGAUUGUUGUGGAGUCAAGAAGGGAAGUGGAUGAGGUGAAGGAACUGAUUAUCAUAGUCAAAGAGUAUGUUUUGGGUCUGCAGAUGGAGCUGAAGAGGAGGGAAAUCAAGGACAAUCCAGCACGACUGCAGGAGCUUGCUGCUUAUUUCACUCACUGCAACCUUCAGGCACCUCACUUGAGGUUAGCUUUGCAGAGUGCAAUGACUGUCUGCUUCAGGUCAAAGAACCUUGCUUCUGCUGCGAACUUUGCCAGGCGGCUGCUUGAGACAAGUCCUACCAUUGAAAACCAAGCUAAGCAAGCAAGGCAAGUGCUGGCAGCUGCCGAAAGAAAUAUGACUGAUGCCACAGAGCUGAACUAUGAUUUCCGGAACCCAUUUGUAAUCUGUGGUGCGACAUAUGUGCCAAUCUACCGAGGACAGAAGGAUGUCUCUUGCCCAUAUUGCACAUCUCGUUUUGUGCCAAGCCAGGAGGCGCAGCUAUGUACUGUUUGUGACCUUGCUGUGGUAGGAGCAGAUGCUUCUGGACUACUCUGUUCACCUUCCCAGAAACGCUGAUUGAGCAACAGUACUGGAGCAUUUUUCUCUAAUUUUGUUUCAGGUCAAUUUUCAGCACUGGAUAGAUCUCUGCUGGUUAGUUAAUAUAUUCAUGGUACUGUGGUAGAAACUAGAAACACUGAGGAAUUACUUUUUGCCCUUUUAUUCUGUUGAAUAUGAUUUUCAAUGUAAUAAACCCAUUUCGUAUGCUGAGGGGUGUUAGUUUUUCAUAUACAAGAAAGUGAAGGGUUGUACUUGGAUCAUAUGAUGGUUACAGAUUGUACUUUGCGCGGUUUUUUUUUGUUUGGCUAAGUAGAUAUCAUGUGUUCAGUCGGGCUUCAGUCCAUUCAUGUUGUUUCGAUGUACUUAAUUCUUUAUUACAUUCUCAGGCCUUGGAAUUUAUUUAUAGCUUCUAGUGGUUCUAAAUGACCCUCGAGAUUUCUUAGA